GUCACUGCGCAUUCAACAUGGAGCCGACGGUGAAGCGGUAGCAGCGGACGCCUCAGCCAGUCAUGUUUAUAUUUUGCAUUUAUGAAGCUUUCCAGUCCACAAGAAAACACUCUGGCUGACCGGAGGAAUACCUAAAAUGUACAGCUUCCAAUAUCUGCCGGUCGUCCUUUGAUAAGUGAUUAAAGAGAUACCGGUCAUGGCUGGAUUGAUCAAGAAACAGAUCCUGAAACAUCUCUCCAGGUUUGCUAAGAACCUGUCUCCAGAUAAGAUUAAUCUGAGCACUCUGAAAGGGGAGGGCCAGCUUACCAACCUGGAGCUGGAUGAGGAGGUGCUGCAGAACAUGCUGGAUCUGCCCACCUGGCUCGCCAUUAAUAAAGUCUUCUGCAAUAAAGCCGCCAUCCGGAUACCAUGGACCAAGCUAAAGACUCAUCCAAUCUCUCUGUCUCUGGAUAAAGUUGUCAUGGAGAUGAGCACCUGUGAUGAGCCCCGCCCUCCCAACGGCCCAUCACCCAUAGCAACAGCCUCGGGUCAAAGUGAAUAUGGUUUUGCAGAAAAAGUGGUGGAGGGCAUCUCUCUCUCUGUGAACUCCAUAGUGAUUCGCAUCAGCGCCAAAGCCUUUAAUGCAUCCUUCGAGCUCUCACAGCUUCAGGUUUACAGCGUCAACACCAGCUGGACCACUGGUGACCUCCGAUACACAAGAAUCCUGGACCCCACACGAGGAGAGUUGCUAACGUUUAAGGAAGUGAGCUGGCAGAUGAUCAGGAUUGAAGCAGACGCCAUCCAGAACACCGAACAUGAGGUCGUCAGUGCCCCAAUCCGCCUCAUCACCAACCAAUCGAAGAUCAGAGUCACUUUAAAAAGAAGGAUGAAGGACUGUAAUGUGAUUGCAUCAAAGCUGACUCUGAUCCUGGAUGACCUGCUCUGGGUGCUGACGGACUCUCAGCUCAAGGCCAUGGUGCAGUACGCUAAGUCUCUUAGUGAAUCCAUGGAGAAAUCCGCUUCGCAAAGGAAGAGCAUGGCCCCUGACACUACACAGGUGACACCGGCACCCCCCACAGCCCAGCAGAUGCGCACGCAGCAGGCUUCAGCCGCGGCAGAUCAGACCGCUUCCAUGGCACGGCUCUUCACCGCCUAUGAUGUUCGUGAGACGUCACACCACCUCCAGAUCACACACUUGGACCUGCAUAUCUGCGAUGACACCAAUGCCAAGGAUAGAGGAAUUAAUAAGAGAUUGGAUGGUGGUGCAAUGCAAUUGUCUUUUAGUUCUAUCAGCGUAGACUAUUACCCUUUCCACAAAGCUGGUGAGGGCUGUUUGCAUUGGAUGCACUAUGGCGAAGCAACAAAAUCUCGUGAAACCUGGGCGCGUUCUCUCCUGGACGAGUUUAAGUCUAAUGUCGAUAUGCUGAAAAACGCAGUCAGCGGACAGUCCCAGGGCUCUCCUCAGCACGGAAAGAUCUCCACCAGCUCCAGCACUUCCUUCUCACCCCCUACUCCACCGAGAACCCAACUUAUGUCCAGCUCAAUAGUGCUGCGGAUGGCAGACUUUAGCAUCUAUCAGGUGUCUUCAGCAGACCAGCCACGCUCUAGUCCUCAAACCAUGAUAUCCUGCAAUAAGAAAUCCCUCUAUCUCCCCCAAGAGAUGCCGGCUAUUCACGCCGAAUUCACAGAGUACUACUUCCCAGAUGGCAAGGACUAUCCAGUCCCUUGUCCCAACCUCUAUGUGCAGUUGAACGCACUACAACUGGUGCUUGACUCGAGAAGUCUGGUUUGGCUUAAUCUGUUCGCACUGGACCUUCGGCAGAGUUUGGAGCAAUUCAUGGAUCUGUACAAACUCAAUGACUCACAGAAGCCUGAAGAACAUGUAGAUAUCAAAGUGGAUGGACUCAUGCUUAAGCUGGUGAUCCCUGCAGACCACGAGAAAACUCAACCUGACCAGCCCCGUUCUGUGUCAGUUCAGACCUCAGAGAUGGUAGCCACUAACACGCGUCACUCUUCAGCAUGCUCGCGAUCAAGUCUGGAAGCCCUCUUGCAGGCCUUCCAGGAGCAACCCUUCUUCACCUCCCUCUCUUCCACCUUCCCUCGAGCCCCAAGUUCCUUCUCUGUGCUCCAUUCUGUCUUCCAGCGGCACGCUCAUGAACAGGACACGCGCGUUCAUGAUGUGUACCGCGGCCUCGCUCCACCAUCUCUCUCCACCAAUGCCCUCAAAACACCAGCAGCCACCGACCUGUGGGCCAUGCAUUUCUCUCAGUUCUGGGUGGACUAUGAGGGGUCCCGCAGUGGCCGAGGUCGUCCCACACCUUGUGUGGACUCCUUUCCUCUGACACUUUGGGUAUGCCACCCUGCCCGAUACACGCAGCACCUUGAGCGACUCAGAGUAGGGUCAGGACUGUUGCCUCGCAGUGAAUCAGCAGAGAUGGCCAAUCGUCUGCAGAGGAAGAAGCUUCUUAAAGAGUACUACAGCACUAAUGCAUCUCCCAGCGACACACCAAGCAAUGGCCUCCACAAACCACAGUCUCUAGAUGGCCUAUUCAGUGACUCCUCUUCAUCUCUUCCCCUUGCUUGCUCAGCAAAUGAAGUAGAUGUGCAGGUGCUAGUGCAUGUUCAGAAACACCUGAGCGCUCAGGUGAGCCACGGGCAGUAUGUGUUCCUGCUCAGGCUGCAACAUGCUGUGAAAACUCUGCAGCGCACUAUUCAGCAAGAUCUGGAGCAGUACGGCUCCAAGCGCUUGGGUCCUACACAACCCUUUAGUGCCUGUGUGGGUGUGCUUAUGAAAAGUGCAGAAGUUGCUCUUCUCCUAAAGCCUAUUCCCCAACCAGAUUUAAGCACCAGCCCCUUGAACUCUGAUGUCUCGCCUUCAGAAAGCAGAGCCACUCUUGAAGCUGGGAGUGAGGUGAGCGAGGGACAUGAGAGACCCUCGGCUGCAGGAGAGGGUACUCGAAAUGUGGAUCAGCUCCUCUGUGCAGAUAGAAAUUCCAUCGACACAUCUCCGCUCCUUCCUUCCUCAUCUUCUGCUCUGAGAAAAACAUCUAUGGAUGAGAGGAGUAGCGUGGCUUCUGGAGGGAGGGUGCCAUCCGAGGAGAAGAAGGACUUGAGGGAAGGAUCCCCCGAUGGGGAUACUAGCAGAUCUGAAGCCAAAGGACAGCAGAAUGAAACCUCUCAAAGUGGAAUGGCUGUGGUAGAUCCCAUCUCUGACACUUCUUCAAGGGAAUGGAAUGACAAGAGUCAGGGAGCCAGAUUGCCUCAGUCCAUGUCCAGGAAAGGCAGUUUUUCAGUGGUCUCUGACCUCUUAUCCUCCACGCACAGCAGGUCUACCUCCUUAUAUUCCAUAUCCAACAUUGGUCGUUUGAUGCAGGGCAAGUCGCAGUCAAGUUUCUCAGUGUCCUAUAAGAAUAUGAAGAAAAGUCCUUCACUACAGUCUUUGGAUGAUCUCUCCAUGGACAGCUAUCUACUAGAGGACUGUGACAGCUACAGCCUGCUGGACAGAGAUGAUGUAUCGAUCUCUGGUUUUAAGGAGGCAUUGAAUGAACGUAUUUCCACAGACGGCUCUGUGACUCUUGCUCAGGAGGCAGAUGAAGCUCAGUCACCUGACGCCAUCAGCGCUGCCUCUCAGAGCAUAGACGAACCCAUGAAAGACCUUGUGUCGGUGCUGGUUAUGAAGGUUUACUCAGUCUGCUGUUCUCUGGAUCUAAAGGGCGAUGAUACAGCUGUAGCUCUGGAAGUGGGACGGGUUCAACCCAAUCAGCUCGGAAAUGUCAGUUUGCGGCAGUAUCUUAGCAACCGGAGCCUGGGUUUAGUGUCUUCUGCAUCAGUCGCUCAGAGUGGUGAAGGUUCCGGGUCAGGGUCAGACCCCAGUGCAGUGUUGUUGAAUCCCGAGGUGCAGGUGAGGCUGGAGAGCGGUCCGAGUGCUGCUGUUCACUCUCCUCUUGCUGAACAGAACGGUUUUCUGCAGUGCCGCCUGCAGGCCUUCAACACUGACUUCCUGAUAACAUCACUACGAAACCUUGCCCUCUUCCUGGAGGAUGACUCCGCCUCUCAGGUUCUGCCAAUGGAGAUUACCAUCAAAGACACACACGUCAACCUGAAGGAUGAUGGUCCUCGUGACAACAUCUCCGAGCCGGAGCCCUCACCCAUCUCUGUGCACAUUCAUAAUCUGCUCAUCCAUCGACAAGACGACGGCUCAUUCAGCAUCGGAGGAGCUGAACGCGCUGUGGACUCCCAGCUUCAGACGGCGGGGCCUGUGAAUGACAGCAGGCUCAGUUCUGUCCCUGAGGUCCCCGUAGGUGUGAAAGCCACUCAGACUGCACCUCUGUCACCCACAAGCCCCGGCCCCUCGAGUAGAGAACAGCUGCUCGUGGAGGAGAAUGAAUGCUUGAAGCUGGAGCUCUCCAAAGCCAAGAUGGCGUUAGCAGAAGCGCAGAUGGAGAAAGACUCUCUCCAGCAUCAAAUGAAGACGCUUAAACUCACCAGCGGGGGCAGCAAUAGCUAGUGUGUGUAUGUGUUUGUGAGUGUGUGUUCAAACAGGACAGACACUCGCCACAGGGGAGCAGCAGAGGGCUUGAAGGGGCCCGGAGCCAUAGCAAAUCCCAAAUCUGCAGCAGAGAAGAUGAUAGUGUGUGUGUGUGUGUGUGUGAUGGAGAUCCAGAGCAAAUCAAAGAAUAGUGUUUUUUUUAUUGUAAUGUACACACAAUCAGAUCAUGUGUUGCAAAAAAAAAAAAAAAAACUCUUCGGAGCCUGUGGAGCUUCACAUACUUUUUUUUUUUUGCUUUUAUUAUUUACUUGCGCUCUUCGUUUGCAGUGUAGAAGCACAUUCCACCCUUGACCUUUGACCCCAGGACAGUCUUACACUGAUAGUGUUGAAUGUCAUAUCUAUGGAGGAAUGUCUUAAAUUCAUUUGCACUGUUAUGAACUCUUUUGUUUAACAAGGACUUGACUAAAAAACAAAAAUAGCACCUAAUAAAUUGUGUUUAUGUAUAGUAAUUGUGAUACACACGAAUGUUUUGUUAAUAAGUGCGAUUGCAUUGGUGUGGGCUAUUAUUUGUAUAUCUCAUUCAUUCGUUCUUAUGUUGAUGUUUGAAAAAUGGGAAUUAUGUUGACGAACACUACCGGUUUUGCAUUGCACGGCUUUAUUUUUCUCCUCUGUUUAUGUUUGCAGUGCAAUACUUUUGGUAUCAGUUAAGUAUUUGCAGCUAAAAAUACCCCGUCAUUCCUCGUUUGUAUUUUUUUUUUAUAUGUUAAAUAGGAGAUUAAUUGUUGAUUUACAGGUGCUUUUUUCUGCUAAAAUAUAAUUUAGUCUAAACAGGGAAUGUUUAGAUGUCAUUUUGAUCUGAUUACCAGCAUUUCUGCACAAAAAUAACAACAAAAAAUCAAAACAAAUAUGGAUGUUUGAGGAAAACUGUUUUUUUUUCUCUUUUUUUUUAAACAAGUGGAAUUCUAGGAUUUGUUUUUGGCUCUUAUUAUUUAUGGUGUAAAAGAAAAAGGGCCUGUCUUAUUGUAAAAUAUCAUGUAAAAAAAAGUUUUCCUGGAUUUUCCUGCCCUUGUUUAUUUCUCUCUCUACAGCAGCCUCUACAAGUGCCUGCAACAGCACACCUUCUUCAGAGGAUCUGCUUGAUUUCUCUUAAUGAAUGUUUCAUUGCUCUUCAAGACACGAGCUUCCAUCUGGACAUUUUCAGAUGCUUGGGCUUGAACUUGGAGAGCCGAAUGACCAACUCUUGAUUGUAGGUGAUUAAAAAACAAAACUUAUCUUCUGUUGUGUUAGGCCACACCCCUCAUUUCACACUAACCCCGCCCUGAUGUUAAAGACACACUCCUUAGAGACGGAGGCCCACCUCUUUAGCACAAAUAAUGAACAAUGAUGCUCAAUCAAGAAAACUUGUGAAAUGAUUAUUCCUCUUGUUCAUCAGAAGCUGCUGAAGUACACAGACAUCUGAAAUAAAAUUAAACAUGUUUUAUUAAUGAGAA